AUGGCUGCCACGGGUCGCUCCUUCUGUGCAGGUCGGACGAGUUUUGGAGUGCGCCUUGAAAAGAUCGGAGACCAAGUGUGGACCGGACCGGAUUGCGCAGGGGACAAGAAAAAGAGUCUGAAAAAACUGGCAAGGGGAAGCAGAGGGACUCUGUUCGAGGGAGGGGGAGUGACGGGUAGGACGCAAGAUGGAGCCGCUGAAAGUGAGGGCUUGGAGAUUAGUGAACCAGGACGUGGGAUUGCAAGGGAAUGUAAUGAACCUGAGAGGUUUGAAGACGGAAGCUCCCAGUCACUCGUACGGAUCACUGAUGACAUCGUUGGGCCUUCCCAGUUGGAUGGAAGAAUUGGCGACUCUUCGCACACCGCAGACGAUGAAGAAAGGGAGCAGUUAAUGAAUGUGGGAAAGAAAGUCUCCAGAGGAGGCAGAGGUAGAGGAAAAGGUAGAGGCAGAGGUGUUAAAGCAGACGGAGAUAGUGAAGAAUUCAAUGAUUCAAUGAUCUGUGGGAGAGGGCGCAGAGGAAGAGCUAGAGGCCGAGGAAGGAGUGCAGAAGGUGCAGAUUUUGAGGAAACUAAUGAUUCGGUAGGGAAUAAUAGUGGGAGGGGACGGAGGGGAAGAGGUAGAGGUAGAGGUAGAGGAACUAAGAGAGGAGGUGAAGUUGCUGAAGAAACAAAUGAGGCAAUUCAGAAUGAUAGCAGUAGAGAACGUAGGGGCAGAGGCAAGGGCAGAGGCCGGGUCAGAGAGACUACCGAACCAGGAUGUGUCGUUGAACUACCAUCAUCCGCCUCAAAACGCGGGGGCGAAGACAUAGCAGGUCAACAGAAGGACCUGAAUGGUGAGGAAAGAGAUUAUACUCUUAACGCAGUUGCUCCUGUCACCGAUAGCAUGACAGAAUUGCUGAGAAUGCGCGGCCAAAUUCACAGGAUCAGGGGAGGCAAUCAUAAGUCAUCCGGGAGGAGAGGACGUAAGAAAGAAUUGAUGUUGGGUACAGAUGGACACCAGGCUGCAGGCAGUUUUGCAACUGAAGAGAGCGACUCUGAUCUUUCUGGCUGUUUGCUUGAAGCGGGUCCUAACUCUAGUCGAGACGUUCAGGGUAGAAAGAAUUUAGAAGGCCACUCAACCCAGGCGAAAGAAUCAGAAUUAAAAACCGCAGGCGAUAUUACCGGAAAAAAACAUGGAGCAGGGGAACGUGCUCUUCUGGCUUUGGAAUAUGAGAAUGAUGAGAGGAAGCGAAACUUUUCGCCUGAUAUGGAAGAAAUGCUUCGGAUAUGGCUCUCAGAAAUUAAAAUACAUUCAGACUGGUCUUCUUUUGCUCAGCUGGCUGCCACGUCUCCGGAACUUCGUUUAAAGCUUGAUGGCAGCAAUGCCUCAAGUCAAGACCAUGCCCCUACACUCAAACUGCCUUUAUUCAAAUCAGCUACCAUUCCUGCUCCAGGACACGUACAGGACGAUAGUGCUCGCUCCUGCAAGGAUAUAUUACUGCACAUAGGAGGUCCAGUAUGGGCACUGGACUGGUGUCCGCAAAGACCGGGAUGGAUGUAUACUGAAGCCAAGAAGAAAGAGUUUCUCGCAGUUGCGGCACAUCCAGUAUCAUCUCCAUACAAUAAGAUGGGAACGUGUCUGAACGGAAAGGGUCUGAUUCAGAUCUGGGCUCUUGAUUUAAAAGAGUAUGAUAGUGAGGAUGAAGAGAAAAUGCGUUCUGAAAAGAGCCGUAAGGGCAAGAGUACAAGAGGCAGAAGCGCGGGAAGUGGCAAGGUUGCAGGUAGAGGGGUCGGCAGGGGUAGAGGAAGAGGCAAGGUGAAGGGAACAGUUGGUGGUUGUAAUGAGGAUCUCACUGCCAGGGAUCAAGACGCAGGUACACAGGAGCCACUAGUCCUCAAAUGGCAUGAAGAUUCGCCUGAAGAACAACCUUCAGCACAAAUGGUGCUGGGUUUAACACAUGAAGGGCUCGUUACUUGGGAUGCAAAGUGGCAACCUGUUGCAGAAGAAAAAAUUGCUCUACAGGAAAGAGAAUCGAUGCGUUUGGGGUUCUUGGCUGCAGUUCUUGGAAACGGAUCUCUACAAGUGUAUGAUGUUCCUUUACCAAGUAUAUUUUCAAACACGACCCCGACAUCCUGCGAAGAACCCUUGAUCGUGAGCAUUGAGCCCGUCUUCCAAUGUUCAAGCCUCCAGAAACGUGGCAACAAGAGUAUACCUGUUUCCGUGGAAUGGUCAACCUGGGAUUCCCAUGAUAGGCUUCUUGUGGGAUUUCACGAUGCAUCGGUUGGAGUAUGGGAGUUUGUGCCAGAUUUCCCCGCAACAGAGACGCGACCAUUGAUGCUCUUCCAAGCUGAUGCACUUCCACUCCGUUCAGUCGCAUGGGCACCAGAAGGGAGCGGCCCUCAAGGAAGACACUUGAUUGUCACAGCUGGGCAUAGUGGAUGGGUAAAGUUUUGGGAUUUAAGAGAUAUAUUCCGGCCCAUCUGGGACCUACAAACGUCAAGAUGCUGUAUCUCGAGCAUGGAUUGGUUGUCAUAUCCAAGAUCCCUCUUGAUGUCAAUGGAUGAUGGCACCCUUCGUCUUCUUGGAAUUGUAAAUGCCUCAUCUUUAACUCCUACAACUGGGCAGCCAUGGCGGGGAACACAUGCUCAGGGGCUUCAGUGCUAUCUUUGUAGUUCCUUUGCUAUAUGGAGUGUCCAAGUAUCGCGGGCCACAGGACUUGUGGCAUAUGGUGGUGCGAACGGCUCAGUUCUCCAAUUUCAGCUUACCCAGAAAGCUGUAUUGAAGGAAGGAGCUCGAGCUAGGGAGCCACACUUCCUAUGUGGAGCUUUCGAAGCGAACUCAGAGGAUGGGCCUCUCACUUUGCUAUCUGCGAAGACAAUUGAACCGGUCCAGAUGAAAAAAUCGUCGACAGAGUGGAGUAGUACGCCAACGUCCAAGAGAAAUUUUUUAGCCUCCUGUUCUCUGGAUCCUGAGAGUGGCGAUGUAGGCCAAGCUGCGACCAAUUCUGAGGACGCUUUGGUUUCGAAACCCAAGCGAGCUAAAGGAAUCGCUGCAACGGGUACAAUAUCUCAAGUAAAUCGUCAUAGAGACGCUCAAAUGAAUUCCCUUCGCAGGAAUAGUGACAGCUCGGAAUUAGUUGUAGCUAAUAUAUCAAAUGCAGAGAGAGGUGGAGAACAGUCUGCUCCUCAGGCUGACGUCCAUAGCAUUUCCACUGGUCCACUUUCGGGUGAACGGUUUCCUUGCAGAAACAUUGCUGUUCAUCGUGUGAGAUGGAAUUGUAACUACCCGAAAAGACAGUGGCUUGCGUACGGUGGUGCGGCAGGUCUGGUCAGAUGCCAGCAAGUGUAUUCUUUAUCGAAGAAGUAG